AUGGCUGGCUGCCGACAGAGAUGGAGAUACGGGUCUAGGAGGGGCGCAGGCUGUGUUCUUGGAGCCCCCAUUGGUAGCAGCCCGGCCGCCCCAGACCGCGCCUCCCUCUCGCCGAUACCCACGCGAACACUGCCAACAGCCGUCAGUCUAUCGGCCGAGUUCGAAGCGACACAAUCGCCUCCUCGUCUGUGCCCAUUCACUAUUGUGCCAUACAUAGCUGAUGUUAAAAGUUCGUGUUUGAAUACAAUAAUUAAAAUGUCGACUCUCAGUCAUCACCCGUACGCGUUCUCGAUGCACCCCGGCAUGUUGCCGGAGUACCCGAGCGCGCCGCAGCCGCUGCCGGCCUCCUCGCCGCAGUCCGAGGGACACAUCAAGCGGCCCAUGAACGCCUUCAUGGUCUGGUCCAGGCUACAGCGUCGCCAGAUCGCCAAGGACAAUCCGAAGAUGCACAACUCGGAGAUAUCGAAACGUCUCGGAGCUGAAUGGAAGCUGUUGUCCGAAAUGCAGAAGAGACCCUUCAUUGAUGAAGCUAAACGACUCCGAGCUCUCCACAUGAAGGAGCACCCCGACUACAAGUACCGGCCACGAAGGAAGCCCAAGCCACCCACAGCGGGAGGAGCCCCGGGCGCUGGAGCUUUCCCCAGCUUUCCACUGCCUUAUUUCGCUGGCCCGGCACCUACCGUUGGACCAUUGGACGCUCUUUCAUACUCAGCAGUGCCUCCAUACUUCCCACAUCAGCUGGAUCACUUGCAGUUCUCCAAACUGAUGGCUCCGACCGAGAAGUUGCCGACGGCGUCCUCAGCUGCCGCUGUAGUGUCAUCGUUCUAUUCAUCGCUGUACACACAGCCGGCCGCUCCUCCGAAGCCGUUCCCGUCUCCUCUGUUCCACCAGUAUGGAGCGGCGCCGGCUUCUCCCGUGUCUCCGGUGACUUCGACGCAGCACAGCCCUCACGACGACCAGCUCAGGCGGCCGGUGUCAGUCAUAUAUUGA